AUAAAUGAACAAGUCUAGAGAAGCAUUACACUAAUCACUAGAGGGGCGGAGCCAUCCUGAUUUCCAGAUGUAUAAAUUUUUAUACUGGGUUCCUAAUGCUUCAUGGAAACUCAAGUUGAGCAAUGAUGGUGGUGUGGCAAGUUGGAUUUGGCUUAGUUCUUGUGUUUGGCUUGUCUGAUGCACAAUGGCGAGGAAGAUCAGCUCAAACUCAGAAACUUAAUAUAUUUAGGCCUCUUUCACAAAUGCAAGUUCCUCAGCAGAGUGAAACCAGAAUGCCUCCGUUUCCCCAAGCUAACAACCACAUGCUUGUGCCACAGAGAUUUCCUUCUCAGUUUUCAAUGCAGACUCCUGGUAUGGUUGGUGGAAGGCCAGGUCAAGAUCCUGUCGAUGUUCAGUCUAAACAGCUUUUGCAGGGUCCGGUGGAAAAACUGAUGUGGACCUUUCCCAGACUGCCAGAAGAACCGUUACAGCCAGAGAUUCCUUUUGAGCUGCGGCAGCCUAUUUCUCCCAAUAGUGUAGGGGCUCUGUGCCGUGAGAAUUCAGUGUAUGUGGAAGUGAUGGAGGACUUCUUUGGGACUGGAAAACCACUAAUGGCUUCUGGUUUUGCACUGGGAGGCUGUGGACCAACAGGCCAGGACAAUAAUGCUCGAGUGCUCCUCUUUGAGUCAGAACUGCAUGGAUGUGGCAGCAUGUUAACUGUGACUGAAAAUGAGCUUGUUUAUACGUUCACCCUGGUCUAUACUCCCCAAGAGGUUUCAGAUGGUAUUGUCAGGAGUAGUGGGGCUGUUGUCAGUAUUGAGUGUCACUAUCCAAGAAUGCAUGAUGUGAGCAGCAAUGUCCUGGUGCCCGCUUGGGUACCAUAUGCAGCUACUAAGGUCGCAGAAGAGCGGUUGGUCUUCUCCCUCAAGCUUAUGACUGAUGAGUGGCAGUUUGAGAGACCUUCAAACCAGUACUUCCUGGGUGACAUUGUGAAUUUGGAGGCCUCUGUGAUGACGUACAACCAUGUACCUGUCCGUGUGUUUGUGGACAGUUGCGUAGCCACUGCGUCCCCUGAUGUGAACUCCGCCCCCAGAUACUCGUUCAUUGAGAAUAAUGGGUGCUUGGUUGAUGCCAAGUUCACUGGCUCCAGCUCUCGCUACCUUCCUCGAACUCAAAUUGAUAAGCUGCUGUUUCAGCUGGAGGCUUUUAGGUUCCAGCAAGUGAACAGUGGGCUGGUCUACAUCACAUGCAUUUUGAAGGCUGUUCCUGUAGCCACUCCAACAAAUCUUCAGCAGAAGGCUUGCUCGUUCUCCCCUAAUGGGUGGGUGUCUGUAGAUGAGUCUGAUCAGGUGUGUGCCUGCUGUGACUCAACCUGUAGCAGCAGUGGUGCAAGCGAUCAGGUUCCUGGAGCUCUACGGUGGGAGCAAGCAUCUGUUGGGCCCCUCAAUGUGAAGGAAUUUGGCUUCGGUCGACUGUAAUUUGAAGUGGCUAUGAGGUCAAGUGAUUAAUAAAAACUGUUCUUAAGUGA